AUGCCUGGAAGACAGUCCCACGGAGCCCCGAAAGUGAAGAAAGUCAAGAGCAGAAGUACAUCGAAGAGGAAAUCACUCAACGCCCUCUCUAUAGCGACGCGUCAAGACUCCAACAAGACAAAGAUAAAAUCCCUCCAUUCAGGCGCUGAAGUCAGUGGUAAUAAGCGGCGACGCCAAGAUUUAGGUCCAGAAGAUAUAGACGAACUAGAUGAUACCAGUACAAAAAAACCAAAGAAAGAUGCCAUUAGUAGCAAGCUUGAUGAUUUCGACUCCGAUAAAGGCAGUGAUAGCGAAGGUAACGAAUGGAUCACAGGAAAUGUCGGCACAGAUGAUGAUAGUGAGCUUGAUAGUGACGAGGCAUUUGGGGAGAGUGAUGAAGAUCGAUUCGAGGGAUUUACGUUCUCUGGGAGCUCCAGAAAUAAGCCCAAAAAAAAAGCCCAGGCCAAAGAUAUCAACCUUGACGAAAGUGAAGAUGAGCUUUCUGAUUCGGAAUUAGAAGAAGGUGAUUUAGGAGAAGAUGCAGUUGAUCUUGCGGCAGUGCUAGACAUGUCAGACUCCGAAGAUGAAGCAAUCAAGGCGCCAAAGUCCGAGAAGAACGGAGGCUCUGUAGCAGCUGAUCAUAUGAAGGAGAGUGAUGAUAGCGAAGAAGACUAUGAAAGCGAAGAAAUUGAAGCCUCAUCCUCUACAUCUUCCGAAGAAGAUGACUCCGAUGACGAGGCGGCCGACCCUCAGAAAUUGGCAGACCUACAAAAUCUUAUCGCCGAAUUAUCUAAAGACGAUAAAGCUUCGAGUCUUUCCAAGCAGAAGGCUCAGAAUUCAGUCGAACACCUCGCGCCAUCGACUUUCGGCCUCACAUCCAAAGUCAAACUCACACUCAACGAUCUUGGAAUAUCUGCCGUGCGAGAUUCAAAUAUCAAAAAAUCACUCAAAUUCCUGAAGCCAGACGGCGAGAAAAUUACGGGAAAACUAGAUGUACCACUAGCCAAACGCCAACAAGAUCGGCUCGAUCGCACCGCGGCCUACGAAAAGAGUAAAGAAACCCUCGACCGCUGGACUGAAACUGUAAAACUUAAUCGUCGAGCCGAACAUCUAUCAUUUCCUCUAGUAGAUAAUGGUAUUGCCUCUACGAAAACAAACUAUGAGCUAGCUCCUAUCGACUCAAAAAAGCCCUUCAACGAUCUAGAAGCGACCAUACAGACAAUUCUCGAGGAAAGUGGACUUGCUGCAGUCAAUGGCAAGGACGAGGAAGAUUCCGACCAAAUCGGCAAUGAACUCGAGACAAAUAAUAUGAGCCUUGAAGAGGUUAAAGCGAAAAGAAUUCAAUUACGAAUGGCUCGAGAAUUAUUAUUCCGCGAAGAGGCUAAAUCUAAACGGAUAAAAAAAAUAAAGAGCAAGUCCUAUCGAAGGGUCCACCGCAGACAGCGUGAGAAGGCUAUGAAUCUCGAGCAACAGGCUUUGGAAGAAGAGGGGCUCAUCCCAUCAGAAGAUGAGAUGAUUGCCCAAGACCGUCGACGGGCCGAGGAGCGCAUGGGCGCCAAACAUCGCGGAAGUAAGUGGGCCAAAUCUAUUAAAGCGACUGGGCGGGCUGCUUGGGAUGAAGAUGCCAGGUCUGGCAUCGUUGAAAUGGCUCGUCGGGAUGAAGAGCUUCGAAAGCGUGUCGAGGGUAAGCGGAUCCGGGUGACCUCUGAAAAAUCGGAUGCGUCUGAUGCAAGCGACGACGAAAGUAAUGACGAAAGCGACGAGCAAAGUAGCAAACUUCGAAACUUACAAAAACUUAAAGAGCUGGGGAAGUCGGAUCUCGUCGAUAGCUCUAUGCCUGGUGCUCGACUAGCAAACAUGGAUUUCAUGCGACGAGCAGAUGCAGCACGGAAGAAAAGAAAUGAUGCCACUGUCGAGGAAAUGAGACGCGAGCUAGCUGGAGAAGAAGCUUCAAGCGAGGAAGAACCGGAGGAUAUUGGACGUAGGGUGUUUGGGUUAACCUCAGCUCCAAAGGCAUCAACAAAAAGAGCAGCUUCGGACGGGGAGUCUGUAGAAUCUGGUGCAUCCGAGGCUGAAUGGGAACCUGAACCCAAGGAAUCUGUAGCUGUGCCCAAAAAAAAAGCGCAGCCUCAACCACGCCUUAAAUCUAUACUAGUUAAAAAUAAUGUAGACCUACCCACGGAGGGCGGUGCAUGGUCAAAAGUAGUUGUCGACGAAUCUUUACCGGUAUCAACCUCUAGGAAGCUACGGAAGACGGCCAACAGUGUACAAGCAGAUGAGUUAGAUCUAUCGCAGGCAGUGGUCAUGUCAAAGAAAGUUAAUCCAUCGAAGCCUUCCCCGGCCACAGGCGAUUUAUCAGACGAAUCAGAUGAUGACCAGGGAAAUUUGGGGUUCCUGGCUAACGAUCAAGAACUAAUUAAACGUGCAUUUGCGGGCUCAAACGUUGUAGGUGAAUUUGAGGUGGAAAAAAAGAGGGUUCAACGAGAUGAGGCUGUGAAAACUAUUGAUAAUACCCUUCCUGGCUGGGGAAACUGGGUGGGAGAUGGUGUGAGUAAGAGGGAGCAAAAGCGUAACAAGGGUAGAUUCCUCACCGAGACCGACGGCGUGCGAGUGCAGAAACGAAAGGAUGUCCACCUUCAACGCGUUAUCAUCAGUGAGAAAAAAGUCAAAAAGAAUGGUAAAUACCUCGCUACAAGCCUGCCCCACCCCUUCGAGACGCGCUUACAGUAUGAGCGUUCCCUCCGACUUCCUAUCGGCCAAGAGUGGACCACUAAGGAAACCUUUCAAGAUGCGACGAAGCCGCGUAUCUUGCUCAAGCAAGGAAUCAUUGCCCCCAUGUCCAAGCCCCUGCUAUGA